CUCGUGUACAAUCAGGCCGCUUGCCACGUCUGUUCUGGUCCACGGAUAGCGCGUACGGUAGGAGCAUGGAGAUCUCACCCAAUGAUCUCCUAAAACUCCCGCGCGAAAUUGCACUGCCUCUCCUCGAAAAAAUGGCCAGUGAGCUUCGGACUGCUCGACAGAAAACGCAAUGCACCGAUUCUUUAGGUCACCGCAGCCUCGAGAACGAUGUCGCCAGGCUGAAAUGGGAGAAAUGCGAACUGGAAGCCAGUCUGACUAGAGUGGAGCUGGAAAAUUCGGAUCGGCUUAAUCGGCUUGAAGAACGCGUCAACUUGGAUGUUAUAGCAGAACCUACGUUUGGGUUUGUGUAUGAGGAUCAUGAGGAACUGAGACAUAGGGUUGAAAACCAGGACCAGACCAUCGAGAAUCUCACAACAAAGAUUGCUACACUGCGGAAGAAGGCAGCGGAGCGCAAGGCAGAGAUAAAACGAUUGCAGCGAGCCAUACCAUCCGAUGCCGACGGCCAAGAUGUGACAUUGUGCGACCGAUUAGGAUCAUCAGAAUCACAGUUGACUGCCAAGGGCGAGACCAAUACAGAGGUUCUACCAGAUCUGGCUUCCACUCAGGCUCAAUUAGAGCUGGUUCACAAGCCAUGCUCGCAGGAGAACGAACUACUCGCAGAGUCUAAAGUGCAGGAAAUCUCCGGUGAAGUUGGCUACCUCUUCCCGGCACCAUGGUCCUGCUCAACGAUGAAAUGGCCUACAGACAUCGACAUUGAUGUUGUAGCAUUUAGGAAGGAGCGUUUCCGAGACCCUUGCCCAUUGUUACCUGAGAGUACAGAUCUUAAACCGUUCUCAAGUAAAGAUGAACAGCCUAGGAUAUCAUCAUCCAUUCGUCUUUCCCAUCCCAUUUUCCCUACCCACCGAAGCUCUCUUAUGCACCAUGUCCGCGGCCUUGCACGCACCCUGGCAAUACUACCCCACGAGCGACUUAUCUCCGCGGGGAAGUGGGAGCUAGUCACUCACCCCAUUGCGUGCGGAGAUGUCAUUGAGAUGACGAUACAAAUUAGCUAUUCUGAUUCGUCGUGGAUAUAUCCCGGACGCUACAAAUGCUUGUUCUUUAGCGAAGCGCCACCCAAGACCCUCUGGUCUACCAUGUCGUCUGGUCAACAGAAAUAUCUUAUAGAAUCUACUGUUGGACACCGCAACGACAUCCCAGUGCAGAAGAAAAUGGUCGCAAAGCGUUACAGGAAAGGGACUCUCAAGAUCGAUUGUUUUGGUUUUGAAAGAAUAGGUUACAAUAUCGAGCUCGAUAAGGAACUCCACGGUACUGCCAACGAAGAUUACGUGCGGCCGCAUAAACGUUCGAGUCAGAUUGCUGAGACGUCGUUCGUAGCUAGAGUUAGGAAGAGGAAAAGCGGGGACCAUGGGUUGUGCGAAGGCUCUUCGAAGCGGCACAAGGGCCCUGAGUUGGAGGCUGGACAAGGAGAGUGACCGGAUGUGGCUUUCUUAGACAUAAUGUUUCUGUUUCUGUAGCAUGACACUAGUCUCUG